AUGACCGAGGCAUCUUCGUCGGCGCCAACCUUCUCCAAGCCGCUACAGCUCCCUUUAGCUCAGGAAGAGAUUGACCGCAUCAAUGCCCACCUCCAAAAUCUCACCCCCGAAGGCAUUCUAAACUGGGCUGUCGAGCAUGUCCCGGGGCUGUAUCAGACGACCGCAUUCGGAUUAACAGGACUCGUCGCGAUCGACAUGCUCUCGAAGAUUACGCCCUCGCCCCCACCCUUGAUAUUCAUCGACACGCUAUAUCACUUUCCCGAAACGCUAGAGCUCGUGGAUGAGGUCCGGCAAAAGUAUAGCGUGCCGAUACACGUCUACAAGCCUGGGGGCUGCGAAACCGUGCAGCAAUUCGAGGCGAAGUAUGGGGAGGCGCUGUGGGAGAAGGAUGAGACAUUAUACGACUACGUCGUAAAGGUAGAGCCUGCGCGCCGGGCUUACGAUGAGCUUAGCGUAGCUGCAGUCAUUACAGGGCGGAGAGCUUCUCAAGGCGCGGAUCGGGCAAGCCUGCAGCCGCUGGAAGUCGACAGCACUGGGCUCAUUAAGUUGAAUCCUCUCUUCGAGUGGACGUUCCCGUUCGUGGAGUGGUACGUGAAAGAGAACAACGUCCCGCGCAAUAAACUGCUCGAUCAGGGCUACCGAAGUGUUGGGGACUGGCAUAGCACUGCGAAGAGCGGGGAAGGUGACGCGGGAGAACGCGCUGGGCGCUGGGCUGGGAAGACGGAGAAGACAGAGUGCGGGCUGCACGUGGACUACUUCGCGAUGAAGGCCGCCGCACAGGAAAAGCUCGAGGAGGCGCAGAUAAGCGAGCAAGCGCGUGUCGCUGUCGCUGUGAUAGAGGCCAAAUAA